AUGGUUCGGGCUCGAGCCGAAGAGUUUUCUCCAUCAGAACUUGAAGGAAAGAAACAGGUUGAAACCGAAGAUCCCACGACUGGGGACAUGGUGGUCAUUGAGGAGGGCAAUCAUUUUGCUGGUUUAGACAAGCCGAUGAAAGCCUUUGAAGACUCCCUUGGAAAAACAGCCCUGGACAAGAAAGGAGAUCUUCGAAAGCAGUUCUAUCAAGACCUUCGUAGAACAGCAGGUGAACGUAUCAGCUCUUUCUGUUCAAGGUUUAGGACUUUGGUUGGCGACAUGCGCCGUGAAGGCGUGGUUCUUCCAGAUGAAGAACUUGGUUGGUUCUUCGAUGGCUUCACAACGUUUUGCACCGAGACCCAAUCCUCUCUUCAUCCUGGAGGUCGAGCUGCCUUGAUUGCUGAAGGCCCUGUGGAUGAGGAGAACUAUGAGCCUGAAGAAGAGGAGCUGAUCCCGGACGAUGCCGUGGUCAGUGCAGCUCCAGCGUCACUUGAAGAAGUUUUUCAAAGUGAUGCUGAAGUUUUGGCGGCUGAGAUUGAAGCCAUGGAGGAAGAGGGCAUUGACCAGUCUGUGAUUGAUGGACUGUGGGCUCUGUUGGUCAGCGAUUGGCAGAACAUGGUUUGA